AUGCCUUGUCGAGUUCUAGGUGCUCAAGGAUUAAGGAAUGACUUCUACUCAAAUCUUAUCACAUGGUCCAAAUCAACAGGUAAAGUGGCUGUUGGAUUAGGAUGUAAUGUUUACAUGUGGGCUAAGAACAAAGGUUCACUUUCAUUAGAUUUGCCAGAUCAGGAAUUUAUUUCUUGCGUUUCAUUUUCAGACGGUGAUUUGAUUUUGGUUGCAACUAAAUCUGGGAGGAUUUCAUUAUUUUCUCAAGAAUCUUUGUCAUUACUAGAUGAAUACUUCAAUGUUGGAGAUGGAUGCAGUGCAUGUUGUAUUACUUGGUUUCCAAAUUCAACAACGAAAUUUGCCGUAGGAGUUGAACGUGGUGAAGUCUAUAUCUUUGAAAUUGCUGAAGAUUUCUCUAUUGUUUUGUUGACACAGUUCAAAUCUAAUCAACAGCAAGUCUGCGGAAUUGCAAUAACUGAUGACUCAAAACAAAUGUCUAUUGGGGGUAAUGAUAAUUGCUGUACAAUUUGGGAUCUAGAAGAUCAAUUAAACCCAAAGCUCAAAUACUUUUUACCACAUCAAGCGGCUGUUAAAGCAAUUGCAUAUUGUCCUUGGUCAAAAUCAAUCCUAGCAACAGGGGGUGGUAGUAGAGACCGAACCAUUAGAUUUUGGCAUACAAACUCUGGUACUUUAUUAGACUCCAUUAAAACAAGUGGUCAAAUAACAUCAUUAACUUGGUCCAGAAGUAAGAAACAGAUUGCCGCAACAUUUGGCUUCACUGGAGUAAAAUCACCAACAAUGGUUAGUGUUUAUUCAUACCCAAAAUUGAAUGAAGUAACUCAAGUGGAAGGUUCAGCAUAUGCAAGAGUUUUAUCAGCAGCACUUUCUCCUGAUGCAAGUUCUAUAUGUGUGGCAUCAAAUGAUGAAGCCAUUAGAUUUUUUAAAAUUUGGGACCCAAGUGAAAGAACAAUUUUGGAGAAUCAUGAUAAUGGCCUCUUUGGUAGUGAUCUUAUUGAAAUGAGUGAAGGAAUCUCAAUAAUUGGAGGAACCAUUAGAUGA